AUGAUAAAUAAAAGAUUUAGCAGGUUACAAUUAUAUAAAAUAGUUUUUAUAAUACUGUUUAUAAUGAUAAUAAGUUUUAUAGUACUAAACAUUAAUAUAAUAAAUAAAAAUAUAAAUAAUAGUAGCAGCAAUAAUAUAAAUAGUAAUACCAAUAAUAAUAAUAUAAACUUUAAUAUUAAAUAUAUUAAAAGAAACCAAAAAAUAAAUAUCAAUAACAUUAGUAAAAAUAAUUUAUUCAAACCGCUUGAUACCGAAAAUAUUAUAAAUAGAGAUUGCCAAUAUGUAGAUUUAGUUUAUACAUGGGUUAAUGGAAGUGAUCCAGACCUUUUACAGCUAAAAUCAGAAAUAUUAGGGGACUCUAAUUUUGAACCCCAUAGAUUUAGGGAUAUAGGAGGUUUAAAAUACUCUUUAAGAAGUGUUAAAAAGUAUGCUCCCUGGAUUAAAAACAUAUAUAUUAUUACAGCAAAUCAAAUCCCAUCAUGGUUCAAUAUUGAAAACCCAGGGAAUAUUAAAUCCCAUUUACCAACCUUUAAUUCAAAUUCAAUCGAAUCAAAUUUUUGGAACUUACCAGAAGAGGUAUCAAAUUGUUUCUUGUAUUUAAACGAUGAUGUUUUCUUUAGGCAACCAGUACGCCAAGAGGAUUUUUUUGAUAAAGAUUUUAAUCAAGUUAUAUAUCAAGUUGGUGAACGUGUUCGUAGCUCUUUAGAAUAUGACAAAUAUGAUGCCUACUUUAAAAUAUUUAUCAAUACCAAUAGAUUACUAGAUUCUCUAUGGAAUGAAACCAAAGAAAGAGUGUUGCCUGAUCAUGGUGUUCAAGUUUUCAAUAGAAAGAUACUAAUUAAAAUGGCAGAGGAAUUUAGAAACCCAUUAUUAGAGACAUCAUCCAACAGAAAAAGAGAAUCAAAUGACAUUCCAAUUUCUUUUGUAUACAAUCAAUUUGUCAAGAGAUAUUCAAACUAUUCUGUAGGUAGACCCCGUUCAAAUUUAUAUAUAGGAUUAUGGAAUGAAAAUGACAACUAUACCCGUAUCGAUCGUUCAAUAGAAUUAAUAAACAAUGAAAAGAAUGCAAUAACUGUUUGUGUAAACGAUGGAUUUGACUUUAUAGACGAUACAAUUGAUCAAAAACUUUCUACAUUAUAUGAAUCAAUGUUUCCUGAAAUUGGUGCUCAUGAAUUGUAA